AUGUCUCUACUCUCAGAUGGCUCCCCCAAGUUUGGACGCAAACAGUCCGAAGGGGAUAUCAUUGAUAGUUGCGGGAGUACUAUGACACAUGCAUUACAUCUCGAACGCGAAGCGUCAGGCCACAAACAUUCGAACAUCACAAACAGCCCUCCAGAUCGUACAAUACCCUUUAAAAUUGGGAAUACCCAAGCCUCGGAUGGUGAUAGGCAUGACAUUCCGUCCAACAAGAAGCAGAAGCUAGAGCACUCAAAUUAUGUCUCUUUAACCGGGCACUCUGAGAUGGAGAAGCUUCUUGCGAAGCUCUCGCCCAAGCCCCAGUCAUCUGCCACCAAGCUUCCUGUAGAGCAAGAUAUCAUUACAAGGUUAUCUGAGAAGCAAAUUUUGCUCAAGACGCAAAAUCACGCAUUUGUCAAACACAGGAUGCUUCCAGGAGGCGAUACAGAGUUAAGUGUGGCCUCGAGUAUACUGCCAGCUAGGGAUGCACACCAGGUCUCGCAGCUGACAGAUAUUGACAAGUCAGAUACUGCAUCAAUUGAUAUAUCUGAAGUUCUACGCUUGAAGCAAGAACUGCUUGCUGCUAAUUCAAAAAUUGCCCUCCAGGAACAGGAAUUGGCGCAGACACGUGUGAUUAAACAUACGUUAGACCAGGCACUUGGGCCUCCUUCUGAAACCGACUUCAAUGGACGUGAAAUCACAGAACAAACAAUAAGCAACCUACAAAGCGCACUCAAUUCAUCCAAUCAAACAUUCAGUCAGUUUCAAGACGGAUGGAAUGCCCAGGAUGAUUCUCAAUCAGAUAUGUCCGAUGCACUUUCAGCCGGAGCGUACAAUAGAGCUCGGGGAUACUGGAUUCCUCCGACGCAGCAAGUAUGUAGCACGAGCAUUAGUGCUUCGGCUACCGAAAGACCUUAUGGCGAGCCGUUAUCUUUACCUAACAAUAACCCUUUCGGUGGAGAUUCGAACAAAUUUUGGGGUAACUCGGAUACGAAUCCCAGCAUACCUGGUCAUGAUAUAUUUCGAUCCCAUCGCGUGUUUUCAGGUCCUUCUCAAGGGGCUUACACCUUCGAUACGCGGCUUCCCGAAGAACAGGCUAGAUAUCUCCAAGGACCUGGGCUAGGACCACGCCGUUCAGUCACUCAGGCCGGCCGUAGUGGAUCAUGUUUUCCAACACAAAGCCCUGCUUGGAGCACAUUAACCCCUGGCUCUUCUGACUCACAUGGACCGAGGUCUCCUGCAAAUAGGUCAAACAACACUUAUCAACAGGUUGGUCUAUAUCCUAUCCCACAAUACCAUCAACGCCCCGUUGGGACACCUCUUUCGCCCACUGCGACUGAAUUCACCGCCCCUAACACUAAUACGGCACCAUGGCCAAAUUCUUCGGUGGGCGGAACUACCAAUCAAACGUACAUAUCGCCUCUUGAACCAAUAAACUACCGCCGGCUCCUUGACAGAAAUGUUUCUUGUGAUUGGAAAUAUAUAGUUGACAAAAUAGUUUGCAACAAUGAUCAACAGGCAUCAAUUUUCUUGCAACAGAAACUCAAGGUCGGAACAACCGAGCAGAAAUAUGACAUUAUUGAGGCCAUAGUGCACCAAGCCUAUCCCCUGAUGGUCAACCGCUUUGGGAACUUCCUUGUCCAACGCUGCUUCGAGCAUGGGACUCCGGAGCAAGUUGUGUCAAUCGCCAAUGCAAUCAAAGGAAAUACACUGAGUCUUAGUAUGGAUCCAUUUGGUUGCCACGUCAUUCAAAAAGCCUUUGACUGCGUUCCCGAAGAACAUAAGGCAGUUAUGGUUCAUGAGCUCCUACGCAGGAUCCCGGAAACCGUUAUUCACCGGUAUGCGUGUCAUGUCUGGCAGAAGCUUUUCGAAUUGCGUUGGAGUGGCGAGCCACCCCAGAUAAUGACAAAAGUAAACGAGGCACUGCGAGGAAUGUGGCAUGAGGUUGCGUUGGGUGAGACAGGAAGCCUGGUAGUCCAAAACAUCUUCGAGAAUUGCGUUGAGGAUGAGAAGCGCCCAGCAAUUGAAGAAGUGCUAGCGAAGAUUGACGUGCUCGCACAUGGCCAGUUUGGAAACUGGUGUAUUCAGCAUAUCUGUGAGCAUGGUGCUCCUCAGGACAAGAGUCGCGCAGUAGAACACAUCAUUCUAUGGUCAGUAGAUUAUAGUAUGGACCAAUUUGCCUCCAAGAUUGUAGAGAAGUGCUUGAAGAUCGGAGGAUCUGAGUUUCUGGAUCGCUUUCUUGCUCGAGUCUGCACCGGCCGAACUGACCGUCCAAGAAUGCCUUUGAUUGACAUUGCUGGGGAUCAGUACGGCAAUUACCUUAUCCAGUGGAUCUUGAUGAAUGCUGCCCCUCACCAGCGUGAGCUGGUUGCCAGCCAUAUUCGUAAACACAUGGUGUCUUUACGAGGUUCCAAAUUCGGUUCACGUGUAGCUAUGCUUUGUUGCAACCCCUCUCAUGCGACUCGCCCGGGCCCUGGCUCUGGGAUGCCAAUCGGCCGCUAUAACAACUUCAAUGACGACAGGUUCCCGAUUGCUGGACAGCACGGGGGGCGUUUCAGCCGUGGGAGCCAGUGGAACCCUAGCUACCCACCAUUUCGCUGAUGGUUUCCAUAAAAAUACUUGUUUGUGCAUCACCUUGUAGCCAUAUGGUUGUUUAUUGACAGAAAGUAUCGGUUUCGAGUCGUCUUCCCUAAGCUGAGAAGUUAACACAUAUCUUUCUUUAUACGCGCUAUCCUAGGGAUCGGG